AAGAGGGGCAGCGUCCGGGUUUGGUCUCAGACCGAGUUGCUGCUUGACGAUGCCGGGUUUACUGUCGUGUGCGGUUCCCUCGCUGUUCGCCCUCUGCCUCCCGCUGGUUCUGGCGCUGCCCAACGGCUCGCCUCUCAGUGCCUGCACCAGCCUCAUGCCUUCACACUCCGGUAUCAGCCCACAGACCUCCGCCUCGCCGCACACGAUCAUUGCCAACUGUGACAACGGCAUCAUAAAAGUGAUGAUGAUGGGGCCAUCUUACGGUGGUCUUCUACUUCAAGGCCGAGCACCUAAUACGACUGUUGCAGUUGGUAACUGGACCACGCCUCCUGCCAAUACAAAAGCCAUUUCGUGUUUCGGUACGCAAAAUAGUGCAAUCACUCAUUCAAGUACGACCGCGAAGACUGCCAAUACUAUCUACACCUGGAAUCCACCCCCCAUGAAUAAUAGUGUCGGAUAUGUUGAGUUUGUAGCAACUGUGGCCCAGAGCAGAAGCAUGUACUGGAUCAAUCUACGUUCUGCUCAAAUUAGUGAAGACGGACUGCUCCGGUGCAGUGAGGACCUUUGCUGGAUUUGCCAUGGUUGUGAUGUCUACCCUCGUUUGGCUAGCUGCAUUCUGAUCAGUGGCAAACACCAAACAAUUGUUUCAAAAUUGGAUGUGGAUUUAAUUCAUCAAACUUUUAAACCUGCUAAAGGUCAAGUUAUCAACAAGCUCUAAGUCAGCACUUUAAACUCCCGAGCACUUCUCUAUUCAGAAGGUUUAAAAGGAUGAGGUUCACAGUUUGUUUGCUUAACAUUUGUCUACCCAAUUGUUUGUAUAAAUGUAUCAAAUUAUUUAGUCAAAUUAAAUUCUUGUGAUAUUUGCUUAAAUGGAA